AUCGACCAAUGAGAGACCUUAUUUUCCUCCCUUGUAAUAGUAGACCAAUCAUAUGGCCUAUACUGAUCACGUGAUGGCACGCCUUUAGGCCAUUCCCGCGCUUUUUGUACAGACGAUUUGCCGAUUUCACGCAUUCGGGAGGUGUCCGCCAAACGCAGAAGGUGCCCAGCCCUGCCAGAAGUAAGCUGACUCAGUGCCUUAUUUUCUUCUCGCCACUGGACAGACAACAUAGCAUCAUCAUGUCUACGAUCUCUUCCACAGCUCUCAAAGAGAAAUUCACAGAGCUAUCCCUUAUAUCGCUACUCUGUUCCUGUAUGCACAACGAUAAAGAUGAGGUCAUAAAAUAUGGCGACAUGCAGGUGAAGCAGCUGGACAAAAGUGGCAAGGCAUUCGAAGUGGUCAUCAAGCCACCAUCAAAAGAUGCCAGUGAAGUCAAACUAUCGUCUCCACCCAGGAGCCCAACCUGUUUGGAUGCCAAGACCAUCCAGGAGAAACUUGAGAAGGCAGAAGAGAGACGAAAGUCCAUGGAGGCAGAGACACUCAAAAAGUUGGCCAAGGAGCGUGAGCAUCAGACAGAGGUGCUGAGCAAGGCAGCGGAGGUUGAAGCAGCCUUUGCCAAGAAGGCGCAAGAGGAACUCAAGAAGAAGCAGGAGCUUUAUGAGCAGAACCAACAAGCUCAGAGGCAGGCCAAGAUUGAACGUCUCAAGGAGAUGGAAAAGCAUGCAGAGGAGGUUCGCAGGAACAAAAAGGAGUUUGCUACAUCUGGCUGAGGCAGUAGGGACGACGACAAGAAAUUUUGCUGGCACCCAGCUGGUACAAGCACCCUACAAAAUAUGAAUCUAAAGUUUGCCAGAUUCACAAAUCCUAUAGUGCUGUAGUUGAACUGGUCUAAAAAAAGUGCUGCAUGUGCAAAGUGAUGUACAAAAAAUGCUAUAACAAAGUACGUUAAUCUUGAACAUGGACUGGGAUAUCCAUAGAGAAAAUGCCACAAAUGAUACGGAGAAAUGUUAUAAUGAUUGUGCAUGUUUGUAGCUUCAACCUGGUGCUGGGCUUUUUGAAAUGCAAAGUAAAAAUUCUAAAUGCUGUGAUACCUUUAAAAAAAGUGACACUUUGUGUACCCUGUAACCCAGAAGAGCUGAUUUAACCUUUAUUGUACCAAUCUGGUGAAUAUCAACUUUUCACAGAAAUUUGAAGGACAUUGUCAAGGCAAUAUAUCUGAUUCGUGAUUCUAGGUUACGGUUGUGAGGGUCAGUACUGUAUUGGUUGGUGAUCCUGUGUAACUGAGAUCAUUGGAUUUAGAUGCAAGGAUGAAAAGGUUCUCUCUGGGUGUCAAGGUAUUCAUCUUUUGCCUUAAAUACUUUCUUCCAAAGAUUUACACAUUAUCAGAUAUACAAGAGCUAUGUGUCUUUCUGUACAAAAAAUAUAGAUUAUCAUUGAUAUGGCCAGUUUUCUUGAAAUAGUAAUGACAUCCAGUACAUAGAAGAUUAGUAUAAAUAAUUUCUCCAAAUGCAGCUGAUGAGCAUUUUUCAAGCCUUCUCCAACAGUCAAGACAUGAAAAAAGCUAGAAAGCUGUAUUUUUUAUUUUAUUUUAUUUUAUUGAAAUGUCAUUUGGCAAGGUAGACACUAGAUAUCCACAUUUUCUGUUAAAUUUUCCAUUUCACAGUCACAUUCUUACAUUUUUCCUUGGAAAGAUUUUCAUGCAAGAUAGAUAAACGUAACUGGACCAAUAUUUAAUGAAACCAAUAUAGCAACCAAAUGAAAAUUUGAAUUUUUCCAACCCACAGAUGGACAACAAUUAAACUCCAUGCAUCAUUCCCUGCAUUUGUACUCCUUGUUACAUGUUUGCACUUAGUUGUUACAUUUGUUACUCCCAUGUUUAACAUUAGUUAAGUUAAGUUAAAUUGAGUAUCAGCUCUGUAGUAAUGAUAGUGAUGUAGUGAAGCACUUGUCAGCUAGAAUCUAUAUGCUUCCCUUGCUAAUAAAAUGUCAUAUUUAGUAGAAGAUGUGCUGGAAAAUGCUUGAAUGUCAGGAAUGGAUGUGCAGUGCCAUCACAGUGAUGUUCACACUUGUUCCAAUGAUUGGUCUAAGAAAAGAGGACAAAGCUAAAAGCUGUGUAUGUCUUUUAUUCUGGAAGCUUGCUAGUUCUGGCAAAGGAAUAACGAUAUCCUCAAGAUAUAUGAAAAUAGUCUGUGACUAGUGCAAGUAUAUAUACAACAAAAACCUGUUUGGAGCAAUGCUUCACAGCGUGUACUAGUAAUUAUGCGGGGGCUACAUGACAACCCAAUUGGACAACAGCGGUCCCUUUUGUUUAACAGUCAACAAGAUAACAUUGGUUCAGUGUUGAUAAGGAUAGUGUUCCAAACUUGAAAACUUGCCGGUUGUAAAAACAUGAGAAAGUAAAAUCAAUGUUUUUCUGUCUGCCAUGACUAAAAUAGGCUGCUUGAAGUGGACAUUUCCAUGAUGUACACUGUAACUGAAUGUGCAAGUCCAGCAAUGUAUCUGUGAACGUGAAGGAAACAACUACGUAAUUCAAAGGGCAAGUAGGAUUUCAAGUGGCAAGUGCAAUAGCAAAUGUAUUGUAGAUGUUGGCAGUUACCCAAUAAACUAACUGGUACAAC